AUGGUGACCUAUGGCUUGGAGGGACUGCAGUUGGCCUCUGGCGCCCCGGUCCACCUCAGAGAGCCUAAGGGAGGCCUGUCCUGGGAAAGCUCCCCAAAAUGUGCUAGGUGUACGUCGAAAGCCAGUGGUAGUUACCAGCAUCCAUUUGAGGAAGGGGCAGAUUUCUCCCUGUGGCCCGUCUCCAAGUCACCGGAUGAGGUCAGUGAGAUGCGCCUGAUAAGGUUGAUCAUUUCUCAGGAUGAAGGAGGCCAGGCCAAACCCACCAGCUCCAAUGACACACCCGGUCACUCAAGAACCGACAUCAGGCAGAAGUUCCUCCUCAUGCGGGGCCCUUGCCUGUCCACUCCACAACGACUCACUUCAGGUGUGGAAAGGCAGGGUAUUGAUGAUCCAGAAGUGCCCUCUAAGAAACCAGAGAGUAUGAUCAGGGGGAAGGCUGAGGGCAGGCCCAGCUACCUGCCCUUAGUUGCUGUUGCAGGUGGCCUGCCCAAGGCCAAUCCAAGGAAAGUGUCCAAGCAGAAGACAUCUCAGUGGCGGGCCAUAGAAGUUGCUCCUGGGAGUUUCUUUCCUCCCUGGUGGCAGAGAGACUCAGGAGGUCUGGAGGAUCCAGCCACCUUUCCCCCGAUCUCCGAUGUGCUGCUGCCUGGGAGGGGCAGGAGGCAUUCUUUGGUCCCUUUUGAAACCAAAGAGUCCAAGCCCACUGGCACAGGGCCAAAGUCAAUGACAUGGAGGAGGAGGGUGUCCAGGCCUGUGGUGGGAGAAGAAGAUAAGGAAGAGAAAAAAGAUGGAUUCCCAGAGAGCCAAUCUCUGACACAAGGGCAGAGACUACCCUUUCCUUGUGGGCAUCAUGGACCAAGAGGCACUGGCACCAUGAACAACAGACACACCCAGGAUCUGGCACACUCAGAGCCCUUGGCACUGCUUGGGGAAGAAGUCUUGGCCAGUGGGCCCGCACCUUCCAGUGAUCUUGACCUUCUUGAAGAACCUCGAAGACCAAAAAGGUUGCAAAAACCACAGCCACAGCAACCACUUGGAGCAGAGGGUUGUCCUUGGUGCUGCCAUCUACAGAAGGAAAUAAGCUGCUUGAAACAACACUGUGGUAUGAGGAACAUCUGGCAUGGCCUGAGUCAGGGCCACCAGCAGACUUACCAUGGGGAGGGUGCGGGCUGCACGUCCCAGGGACCAACAUUCCUGUGGGGAGGUGAACCAAGCAGCUUGGCCCUGGAGCCUGCUGUGCAUGCGCAGCCAGUUUUCUGGACAAGGAGGAAAAGUGUGGCUCAGAAUGCAAGCACACUGUGGCAGCCCCAACCAGUCCUAGAGCUCUCCUUCCCUAGGACGUCUAGAGAUGCUGCCUCUCUGAUUUUCCCUUCAAUACUGCUGGGUAUGGCCUCUGUGGGUCUUGUUUGUCUGACAAGUUCUGAGUGGUUCUGAUAUGCCCCCAAGCUUGAGCACUCCUGGGCACAUGUUGUCCUGCUUGAAAAACAUGUCCACCUUCCAUUCAGGGGGUGGGGGAGUGAG